GUCAGGGCCCUCUGCUGUGGCUAUGGCUUGGUUUCUGUGUCUGUGUGUGAUUUUGGCCGUGGGCCUGGCUUUGCUAGCGCUGCGUCUGAAGCUCAAGAUGUCAGCUCGUGGCCCCCAGGAGCCCCCCCGCCUCCCAGCGCUACCCCUGAUCGGCAGUCUGCUGAGCCUGCGGAGCCCACACCCUCCUCACGUGCUUUUUAAAGAACUGCAGAAGAAAUACGGACAGACGUACUCUCUGAUGAUGGGCUCCCACUGUGUCAUCGUCAUCAACCAGCACACACACGCCAAAGAAAUCCUGCUGAAGAAGGGAAAGAUAUUUGCAGGAAGACCCAGAACUGUAACCACAGACGUGCUGACCAGAGAUGGGAAAGACAUUGCGUUUGGAGACUACAGCGCUACCUGGAGAUUCCACAGGAAGAUAGUCCAUGGAGCCCUGUGCAUGUUUGGGGAGGGCUCUGCCUCCAUCGAGAAGAUGAUCUGUGCAGAGGCCCAGUCCCUGUGCUCCGUCCUGUCUGAAGCAGCAGCUGGCGGCCGGGCCCUGGAUCUGUCUCCUGAGCUGACUCGGGCCGUCACCAACGUCAUCUGUUCGCUCUGCUUCAACUCCUCGUACCGCCGCGGGGACCCAGAGUUUGAGGCCAUGCUGCGCUACAGCCAGGGCAUCGUGGACACUGUGGCAAAGGACAGCCUGGUGGACAUCUUCCCCUGGCUACAGAUGUUUCCUAAUGCAGACCUGCGUCUUCUGAAGCAGUGUGUUUCAGUCAGAGACGAACUUCUUCAGAAGAAAUACGAUGAACACAAGGCAGACUACAGUGACCAUGUGCAGAGAGACCUGCUGGAUGCUCUGCUGAGGGCCAAACGCAGCGCUGAGAACAACAACACCGCAGGGAUCAGUGCCGAGUCGGUGGGCCUCAGUGAUGACCACCUCCUCAUGACUGUGGGAGACAUCUUUGGAGCUGGCGUGGAAACCACCACCACUGUGCUCAAAUGGGCCAUCACGUACCUCAUCCAUUACCCACAGGUGCAGAGGCGUAUCCAGGAGGAGCUGGACAGUAAGGUGGGGGAGGACCGGUCCCCCCAGCUCAGUGACAGAGGCAGUCUGCCCUACCUGGAGGCCACCAUCAGGGAGGUGUUACGGAUCCGCCCUGUGGCCCCGCUGCUCAUCCCCCACGUGGCCCUCAGUGACACCAGCAUAGGGGAUUUCACAGUGAGGAAAGGAACUCGCGUCAUCAUCAACCUGUGGUCUCUGCACCAUGAUGAGAAGGAAUGGAAAUACCCAGAGCUCUUUGACCCUGGCCGGUUCUUGAACAGUGAAGGCACAGGGCUGAUCAUCCCGUCGUCCAGCUACCUGCCGUUUGGCGCCGGUCUCCGGGUGUGUCUGGGUGAGGCCUUGGCCAAGAUGGAGCUUUUCCUCUUCCUGUCGCGGCUCCUCCAGCGCUUCACCUUCUCUGUCCCAGCAGGCCACUCUCUGCCCAGUCUGGAGGGUAAGUUUGGUGUGGUCCUCCAGCCGGCCAAGUACAAGGUGAACGCCGUGCCCAGACCAGGCUGGGAGGGAAACCAGUGGCAGGCAUGUUGAGACUGUUCCCGACAUCAGGGGUUUUCAUUUGUGACCUAAGAGCAUUCAUCAGGCAGGCAGAUGAUCAAACGUGUUGCAGUGAAUAAGACAUAUAACAUCUCUUUGUAUGCAUGACAUUUAUUACAAUUUCUUCACAAUGUAACCAUAACUCAACCAACAGUUCUGUACAUUAUUUAUAAAUAAAAUGUUGGUGUCCAAUA